UGGAACCGCAGUUGCCGGCGACACCGGAAGCUGGGCCGAGUUUUCCACUACCAGGACUGGCUGCCCGCGCCUGGCCGCCCACACGGGGUCUUCCAGGAUCAUGUGGUACAUCAGCACACGGGGGACAGCCCCCCGGGUGGACUUUGAGGGGGCCCUGUGCUCUGGCUAUGCCCCCGAUGGGGGCCUCUACAUACCAGAGGAGUUGCCCCAGCUGGACCGGGAGACCCUGGGGCGCUGGAGCUCACUGUCCUACCCCAGCCUGGUGAAGGAGCUCUGCAGCCUCUUCAUCGGGCCUGAGCUCAUUCCGAGAGAGGAUUUAAAUGGUCUGAUCGACCGAGCCUUCAGCCGAUUUCGCUCCAGAGACGUGGUUCAUCUGCAGAAGCUGAAGCACGGGCUGAGUGUGCUGGAACUGUGGCACGGGGUCACGUAUGCCUUCAAGGACUUGUCCCUGUCCUGCACUGCUCAGUUCCUGCAGUACUUCCUGGAGAAGAGGGGGAAGCAUGUCACUAUUGUUGUGGGAACUUCUGGGGACACAGGAAGCGCUGCCAUUGAGAGUGUGCAGGGGGCAAAGAACGUGGAUAUCAUCGUUCUGCUGCCCAAAGGCCGCUGCUCGAAGAUUCAGGAGCUGCAGAUGACGACGGUACUGAAGGAGAAUGUCCACGUGUUUGCAGUGGAGGGAAACAGUGAUGAGCUGGAUGAGCCCAUCAAAGCCAUGUUCGCAGAUGCAGCUUUUGUCCAGGAGCACAACCUGAUGAGCCUGAAUUCAAUCAACUGGUCUCGGGUCCUUGUGCAAAUGGCCCACCACUUCUUCGCCUACUUCCAGUGCUCGCCUUCCUUGGACACACACCCACUGUCUCCUGUGGAAGUGGUCGUGCCGUCGGGAGCUGGUGGCAACCUGGCAGCCGGGUACCUGGCUCAGAAGAUGGGGCUGCCAAUCCGCCUGGUCGCGGCCGUGAACCACAACGACAUCAUCCACAGGACCAUCAAGCACGGAGACUUCUCUCUGUCCCAGGCUGUCCAACCAACCUUGGCCUCAGCCAUGGACAUUCAGGUGCCCUACAACAUGGAGCGCAUCUUCUGGCUGCUCUCGGGCUCCAACAGCCAGGUAACCCGGGCCCUCAUGGAGCAGUUUGAAAGGACCCAAGGUGUGCAUCUACCCAAGGAAUUGCACAGCAAGCUUUCAGAGGCGGUGACCUCUGUGUCAGUGUCGGAUGAAGCCAUCACCCGGGCCAUGGGCCGCUGCUGGGAUGAGAACCAGUACUUGUUGUGCCCUCACUCGGCCGUGGCUGUGAGCUACCAUUACCAGCAGAUGGAUGGGCUGCAGCCCAGUGCUGCCCGGUGCUGCCUGGCCCCUGCCUCUGCAGCCAAGUUCCCAGAAGUGGUCCUGGCUGCCGGGCUGACCCCUGAGAUGCCAGAAGAGAUCACAGCUCUAGAGCGCAAGGAGACCCGCUGCACUCCAAUGCGGAGAGGGGACCCCUGGGCGCUGAUGCUGCGGGACACCAUCGAGGACCUGAGCCGGAGGUGGAGGGGUCGGUCACUGAGAGGCUUGCAGUAGCCCUGCUGGAGCUGGCCGUGAUGGUGGGAGGAAGAAGAAACAAAGACCCAGAUGUGGGCACACCCAGAAAACAGCACGGAAAGAUGCCACAUGCAACUUGACAAGAAGUCUUAGGCAC